CCCCGUUCCGUUGCUGCGCUGCAGGUGGAGCCCGGCGGGCGGGCGCGGAGCUCCGAGCCAUGGAUCCCCGCCGCCAACCGCCUCGCAACGGCCGCUACGCCCCGCGGACGGCCCGGCCUCGGCUUUGUCCCUGCACGGCCCCGCCCGAGCUGUAGCAGUGUCCUGCUUUGUUCCCUCCAGCCAGAGCGUGGGGACAGGGACGGCUGCGCAGGACUGGGAGCUGCUGUGACCCCGUGCACCUCGCCGCGGGUGCCCCAGGCCGUCCCCAUGGACCUGCGCAUCGGGCAGCGCGUUGUCAAGCCCGGCUCCGACACGGCCUUGCUGGCUCUGAAGCACACGCAGCAGCUGCAGCACCAGCUCUUCCUCGCCAGCCUGCACCAGCAGCAAGUGGAGCAGCUCGCCCACCAGCACGUCAGGGUGACCAUGGAGACCUCGCACCGUGAGGCAGAGCCUGGGCAGCAGGAGCAGGAGCUGCGGCAGAUCCUCAAUAAGGACAAGAGCAAACGAAGUGCUGUGGCCAGCACAGUGGUGAAGCAGAAACUGGCAGAGGUUAUCCUGAAGAAGCAGCAGGCAGCAGCUUUGGAAAGAACCAGCAACCCCAACCCUCCAGCCAUGCCAUACAGGUCUUUGGAGCCUCUGGAUCCUGAAGGUCCUUCCCCUCCUGUACUCAGCACCUUCCUGUCCCCAGUCCCUAGCACUUCUCUUGAUCCCCCAGAGCAUUUUCCACUGCGGAAGACAGCAUCGGAGCCCAACCUGAAGGUGCGUUGCAAGCCCAGGAAGUGCCUGGACCGCCGCAAGAACCCCCUGACGCGGAAGGAGAGCGCUCCCCCCUCUCUGAAAAGGAGACCACCUGAGACCAUUGAUUCCUCCCCAAGCAGCAGCAGCACCCCCGUCUCUGGCUGCAGCUCUCCCAACGACAGCCUCCCUGCCGAGCAUGGAGCUCUCCCCGCUGCCUCCAGCAUGGCCCACGAGGGAGAUGCGGAUCGUCGCCCUCUCUCUGGCCUGGCACACCGGGUGCCUGUGCUGAACGGGCCUGUCCUCACAGGCACACACUCACCCAUGUUCAUCCCAGCUGGCUUGGAACAGCACGAGGCUGGGAGCCCCUUGUCCCCUCGGCUCCAGCCCGUCAUCAUCCUCGAGCCCUCAGUCACCCACGCUCCACUUGUGGCAGUGCCAGGUCUGGGGACUGUCCCCUUCUCCUUCGCCCCAUCGCUCAUCUCUGCAGAGCGCCUGUCACUCCCAGGCCACCACAAACCACUGGGCAGGACCCGCUCGGAGCCCCUGCCCCAGAACCCCAAGGCCAUCCAGCAGCAGCUGGUGUACCAGCAGCACCACACCCAGUUCCUGGAGAGGCUCAAGCAGCAGACGCAUCUGGGCAAGCGCAUGGUGAAAACCAGUGAGAAGCCCCGGCUGCGGCAGAUCCCCUCUUCAGAGGACAUGGAGGCAGAGGGGAUGGAGGCUGGGGCUGAGAGCAGUGAGCAGGCGAGGGCACGUGUGGAGCCCACACGGCCAGGGAGCAGCGGGAAGGAGCCUGAGAGACCUCAGAAGAUGCUGCAGCCUCAGGAGGAGCUCAUCCUCCAGCAGGCCUAUCUCUGGGACCCCUACCAGCGUGUGCAGCACCAGCUCCUCAAGCGGCAGCCCCUGGCUGACUCCCCCAUGGUCCCGGCUGUCCUCGCAGGGCACAGACCUCUCUCCAGGGCCCAGUCAUCUCCUGCCACCGCGACUGUCUCCCUCCCUGCCCAGGAUACAACCUCCAAGGCACUCUCCCUGCCGGUGCAGGAGCAGACCACCAAGCCCCAUUUCACAACAGGACUGGUUUAUGACUCGGUGAUGCUCAAACACCAGUGCUCCUGUGGUGACAACAGCAACCACCCAGAGCACGCGGGUAGGAUUCAGAGCAUCUGGUCCCGACUUCAGGAGAGGGGUCUGCGCAGCCAGUGUGAGUGUCUGCGGGGACGCAAGGCCACCCUGGAGGAGCUGCAGUGUGUCCACACUGAACGCCACGUCUUCCUCUAUGGCACCAAUCCCCUCAACCGCCUGAAACUGGACAAUGGGAAGCUGGCAGGGAUUCUGUCACAGCGGAUGUUUGUCAUGCUGCCCUGUGGAGGGGUGGGGGUGGACAGUGAUACCAUCUGGAAUGAGCUGCACUCCUCCAACGCAGCCCGCUGGGCUGCAGGCAGUGUCACCGAGUUGGCCUUCAAAGUGGCCAGCAGGGAGCUGAAGAAUGGUUUUGCUGUGGUGCGGCCGCCCGGACAUCACGCAGAUCCAUCCACUGCCAUGGGGUUCUGCUUCUUCAACUCGGUGGCCAUUGCCGCCAGGCAGCUGCAGCAGAAAGGGAAACUCAGCAAGAUCCUCAUUGUGGACUGGGAUGUUCACCACGGCAAUGGGACCCAGCAGAUCUUCUACAGAGACCCCGAUGUUCUCUACAUCUCUUUGCAUCGUCACGACGAUGGAAACUUCUUCCCUGGCAGCGGGGCUGCUGAUGAGGUUGGUGCUGGCCCUGGUGAGGGAUUUAAUGUCAACAUAGCCUGGACUGGAGGCCUUGACCCCCCCAUGGGUGACCCUGAGUAUCUGGCGGCUUUCAGGACAGUGGUGAUGCCAAUCGCACAUGAAUUCUCCCCCGACGUGGUGCUGGUAUCAGCUGGCUUCGAUGCAGCUGAUGGCCACCCACCACCCCUGGGUGGCUACAAAGUCUCUGCUAAAUGUUUUGGCUACAUGACCAAGCAGCUGAUGAGCCUGGCUGGGGGGGCCAUCGUCCUGGCGCUGGAAGGCGGCCACGACCUCACGGCCAUCUGUGAUGCAUCUGAGGCCUGCGUGUCAGCCUUGCUGGGCAAUGAGCUGGACCCUCUCCCAGAAGAAAGCAUGCGGCAGAAGCCCAAUGCCAAUGCUGUGCGCUCCUUGGAAGCAGUGAUCCAGGUCCAGAGUAAAUACUGGGUGGCCGUGCAGCGCUUCGCCUCCAAGCUGAGCUGCUCCUUCCUGGAGGCUCAGCACCACGAGGCAGAAGAGGUGGAGACGGUCACAGCCUUGGCCUCCCUCUCAGUGGCUGUGAUGGUGGAGAAGAGGCCACAAGAUGAGCCUAUGGAGGAGGAGGAGCCCAUGAACCAGUGAUGAGCGGUGAUGUUCUCUGCUCCCCUGCUUCCAGGACGUGGUUGGACUCUUCCCGAGCCCAGUGCUCGCUCUUCACUCCUGGCUUCCCAUUUGCCACUCACUCCCUGAGUCACGGUCCUGAAAGGGGCUGGACCUUUGGCUGCCACGUAUCCAAGAAAGGAUCCUCCUGCAGCCACCCAGGAGACGGCCUCCUGCUCGGGACAGAUGGAAAGCAUCAACCUCCCUCUGCACAGCACGGUGCUGCCAUCCUACACUGUGCCUGCAAUCAGUCCCUGACCUUCAGAACCCGAAGUCUUUCUUGGGGAUGCGCAAGAGGCCACCACCCCUCUGGUGCAGACCUGCCCUUCUCCUGGGAUCUUCCUCACACCUGGGGGAAGGGGUGGGUGUUGGGAUGGAUGUUGUGGCCACGCGAUCAGAACUGCACUCAGAGCUCCUCUGCAGUCAGCUGUCCCUUGGAGCAGCAGCCUUCUGUCUUGCUUGAGAGGGACAGGCUCUCAAAGGCCUCCCCAGUGCUCCUCUUCCUCUCCGGUAGGGCACGAGGUGGGAGCGAGCAUGCCAGUGCUAUGGGCUGUGACCUCAUUCUGCACGAGAAGGGUUUGGAAAGCAUUGGAUGAUGCACCCAUUGCUUUGCAGCUGGGGAAGAGCAAGGGCCGGAGUGCCUGCAGUGCCCAGGAUUGCACCCGUGGGACAUCUUAACCACUAACCAGAGAGCGAACCCUCUGGUGCUGGGGCUCUGAUUUGCACUAUAUACAUAUGAGAUGUGCUAAUGUGAACCUUAUGUACUCUUCUUUCCAUGGGAGUUUUGGGAACAAACACCCGUGUGUGUGUGUGGACAUUACCGAGGUGCCUUGAGCCCUUUCCAGCAACCUGCUGGCCUGAGGAUCUGUGUCCCUGCAGUCCCUGGCUGUCUUCCAGCGUCCCCUUGGAGUAAGUGACACCUCCAGUGGCUGCACCCGCUUCUCCAGCUGAGAUCAGAUCCUCUCCUGGUCGCCCUCUGCCUGGAGCUCAGCUCCCCAGGGACCCCCAGCGUUCCCCAUCUGGGUUGUACUGGGAUGACAGAGGUGGGGUCAGCCCUCCCGAAAUGCUGCAUCCAGCUGGAUUUGCCUUCUUCCCCUCUCAUACUGCAACAGAGCACCCUCACCCCGAGAGCCUCAUCCUUCCCUGUGUCCCUCCCUUGGGCUCUGGGGGUCACAGCGGGGCUCGUGGACAGCUGGGCUGGGGAGGAGGGGAUGGGUGGGGUGCUGAGCUCAGGGGGCAGCCAGGCUCCAUCUGCAGGCAUAGGGAGGAAAUUUUGUAUAAAAGGAAAAAAGAAAAAAAAAAGAAGGAAAAAAAAAUAUCUUGGAAGAAUAAACAUUUAUGUGUCUUAAA